UCCACCCACAAAAACCUCACUGGCUGCCCAAACCCAUUUGAAUCUGAAAAACUUCAGAUCAAGCUGCAUCACAGUCGAGCUCACUGGGGUCCAUCUGAAGUCUGACGUGCCAGCAGCAGCCAAUCUUGGACUCUUGUCAGGAUGCAAAUCAGGAGACUCCAGAUGCUGUUUGGCGUAUUUGUAUUGUCUGUAGGGUUUUGGCUGGACAUAGGAGUGUGCACUGCAGCGCAAUCAGAGAUGAGAAUCACAACCAUAAAGCAAGAGCCAUAUGCAAUGUCCAAAGGUGCACAACUGGAGGGCUUUUGUAUGGACCUGCUGUCUGAAGUAGCCAAGAAAGUGGGCUUCAAGUACAAAGUGCAUCUGGUGAAAGACUCUUCAUAUGGCAGACAGGAUGAGAGCGGGAACUGGAAUGGGAUGAUUGGAGAGGUGGUGAGAGGGGAGGCCGACCUUGCGAUUGCUCCGCUGACUCUCACUGCAGCUCGGGAGAAAGCAGUGGGGAUGACCAAACCGUUCAUGCAGACAGGAAUCAGCAUCCUGCUGAGGAAGGACAUCUCAGAGGGAGCAGGCUUCUUUGAUUUCCUGACUCCCUUUACAGCCGAGACCUGGAUCGGCAUACUCAUUGCCUACCUGGGGAAUGCUGUUUGUAUCUUUAUAGUUACCAGACUCAGCCCAUGCGAGUGGAGUCAGCCUCAGACUGAGCAGAACAGAUUCAGCCUCCUCCACAGCCUGUGGUACACAGCUGGAGCUCUGACUCUACAAGGUGCUGGCCCUCACCCCAAAGCUCUUUCAGGACGCGUCAUCUGCUGCAGCUGGUGGUUAUUUACCAUCGUCCUCCUGGCUUGUUAUUUCUCCAACCUCAACUCCUCUAAGACCUCUGAGUCCACUCACCUGACAGUGAAAGGGUUUGAGGACUUGGCCAAUCAGGACAUGAUUGAGUACGGCUGUUUGGCCGGCUCCUCCACUCUUUCCUUCUUCAAGAAUUCAAACAACCCAGUGUACCGCAGAAUCUAUGAGCACAUGGAGAGAACUAAGAGUUUUGUGUCAUCUAUGGACGAAGGGGUCCGACGUGCAAAAGAGGGAAACUUUGCCUUCAUUGGAGAGUCUGUUUCUUUGGACCUGGCAGUAGCACGUUAUUGUGAGCUGGUCAGAGCACAUGAAGUCGUUGGAAUGAGGGGAUACAGCAUCGCUGCCCCCCUUGGCUCACCCAUCAUAAAGAACCUCAGUGUGGCCAUCCUUCAGCUGAGUGAGGCGGGGGAGCUGGCUUACCUGCGAAGCAAAUGGUGGGCCAGCAGCUGCCUAGCAAACAGGGCCAAGUCUUCAGCUGUGCAGCCACACAGCCUCAAAGGGAUGUUUCUGGUUCUUUCCCUGGGCCUGGGGCUGGGUGCACUGCUGGCUGUCCUGGAGCUCACCUCCAAGAGCCGCAGAAGUGCAGCUGAGCAGAAGAAAUCCUGCUGCUCUGUGCUGACUGAAGAACUGAUUCUGCGCUUGAGGACCAGCGAUGCAAACAAACCUCAAGAAAAUGUUGAAAAAGAUAAAGAAAAAGCAUAAAAAUAUCUGAGAAACAUUUUUUAACAAGUGUGAACAUUUUUUAGUUUGAUAGUUUGAUAGUUGUUUGAGAAAUUGUUCUAAUAUUUGACAGAAACAUUAACUUAUUUGUAGGUUUUAAUCUUUCCUCACAGAGAUGCAUCAGAUAAAAAAAAACAAACAAACAAAAAAAUGAAAAAUAAAAUGACUCACAUUUUAGUAAAAUAAUGAAUUUAUUAAUUUCAAUGUGUGAAUGCUACAAUUUCAAUGAAAAAGCAAACAUUAUAGUUUAAAUAUUGUUAAAAAAAACACUUAUUAAAAUGAUCAAUGUUUACAGUUUGACUAACAGAUAGUGCUCAUACUUAGUUUUUUUUUACAUUUACUGUUACGAUUUUACAACUCUGCAUCAUGCUGUUUUGUACAGUUGGCAAUGGCAUCAUAUGAUUUCUUUUUAAAAACUAUUUUAUGCAUACAAAUGGUGCUGAUUGUAAACAUUACAGCAGGCCUAAUGCAAUAAACACUGUCUAAUUGUGUAA